AUGACCAACAAAAUCGAAUAUAAAUCGGGUUUUUUGCCUUUAUUUAAACUACGGCGAACUUUUUACAACCCGCGAGCGAAAUUUUCACAUUGGUGGUCACCAUUUCACUUUCCAUCUCGAACAAAGCGAGUAUUUAUCGCCAUUAUUCUUGAUUGGAUACUAAUAUUAUUGAUGUUUGGUUUGACUCAAUGGUUUUUCGUCGGGCCAAAGCCACCAAAAGCCUACUUCUCAAUAAAUGACGAGAGUCUAAAACAUCCGUUAGUCGAUGAGAUUAUUUCCGCGGAUAGUGCCACUGUUAUUAAUGCUGUUGGACCGUUUGUGUUGUUGUUGGUCUUGGAAGUGUUGUUCUUUUGGGAUCGAUGGGAUGUGUAUCAUUUGGCCACGGGACACGCACAGUCUAUUGCAAUGUCAUUAUUUUUUACUUCGUUGUUCUGGAUUACCGUUGGUGGUCAUUUGGGACUGCGGCCGACUUUUCUAACAAAAUGCGAUCCAGAUCCAACUAAAAUUAUACCCAAUAUCACUUACUACGAUAAUUCUAUUUGCAGAGAAGAUUUGAGCAAAAUUGAAUAUCAAGGUUUUCCAAGCGGCCAUGCGUCAACUGCUUUUGCUGGGUGGGUUUUCUUUACAUUGUAUAUUAAUGGAAAAGCCAAGCCAUGGAAUGGAGGAGCACAUUUUUGGAAGGUACUCAUCCUUCUACUCCCACUAUCAUUCGCAACAUGGAUAUCACUAACACGCGUAAUAGACUUUCGUCAUUUCCCCUACCAAAUAAUAAUCGGUGGUAUGAUUGGAAUCAUGGCUGCGUUAAUAGCAUUUCGACUAAAUUUCGUGGUGAAUGGGUGGUUUGUCGCGCUAGGUGAAAAUAAUGACCAUAUUCCGGCACAUUAUCAUUUUCUAAAUGAAAUUGAGAUAAAUCGAUCUUUGCAUGGCGGAGAAAAUAAUGUUUAA